UGCUGUUCUCGAAAGUGAUGACUUACCAGUCUCUGAUUCAGCACUUAUCACAAGUGAUGCUUGCUUUGCAACAGUUCAAUUUCCUCAGAUGGGGCUGGAUUUCCCCUGGAGAGGCUCCUGAACAAAACAUCAGUUUUAUUUCUGUGUAACAUGAGGAGAAAACUACACUGGGACUUCAUCUCUCUCUAAAAGAUUUCAGCAGCAGCACAAUGGGGACCUUGAGCUCCAAGGCUUGGUACAAAAGAGAUGCCCGGGUGGUGAUGAUGGGAUUGGAUUUUUCUGGUAAAUCUACCAUCUUGUCUAAAUUGAAGAGCAAUGAACCUGUGAAGACUUCCCCGACAGUGGGCUUCAAUGUGGCAUCCCUGGAAACCCCUGGUCAUCUAUCCUUGAGUCUCUGGGAUGUAGGAGGUCAAGAUAAGCUGCGUGCUAGUUGGAAGGAUUAUCUCGAGGACACGGAUGCUCUCAUCUUUGUGCUGGAUAGUGCCGACAAAACCCGGCUGCCAGAGGCAAUGGCCGAAUUGGAGAAAGUUCUGAACAACAUAAACAUGAUUGGGGUUCCAGUCUUGGUUCUGGCCAACAAGCAGGAGCUGCCAGGGUCCCUCUCACUCUCAGAGCUGCAGAAGAUGCUGAAUCUGGAACAGUUCGGUGACAGAAGUUGGGAGUUGAGAGGGUGCAGUGCUCACAAUGGCAAAGGGAUUAGGGAAGCCUUACUGGCCCUGGCAGAACUCCUUAAGAGCCAGGAUAAGAACUCCUGUGAAUGUGUCUGUGUGCCAUUACAGUGAUGAGGACAUCUUUAAUCUCUGACUUGACUGGAGGGGAGAACUUGAGGAAAAAACUUAGAAAAUUAGGUAACUUCUUCCACUAGUAAUUCCUUAGCACUGUUUGUUAUCCCCUCUGUUCCUCAGUGUGUUAAAAGAACUCCAUAUAACCUGUGCAAUACUCCAAAAUAUGCCAUAGUUCUACUGCACCAUGAAAUUACCUCAGGAAAAUCCUUUACAAAGCUGUUAUUGAUCUUGCUUUGCCAAUUAUUCCUAAUCUGCUCCACCAAUAAAUUUGGCUCACACCACAGGUAUUAAUUACUCGGGUUAAAUUUAUUUUGUUCAUGUUAAAUGUCGAUGUGUUUUGGGCGUGGGUUUUGACCUGAUGAAGAAGAUAUUGCUGGGUGUCAGUCUUUAUUUUUAUUCCUCUAUGCUCAGAUGUACUCAGUACAGAGUAACAGUUCCUGAGGGGAUAUAUUUGAAUGACUUCAGUUCCACUUCCCUCACAACUUAGCACAGAUGUUUGCUGA